GUUGGAAGUGUAUGCUUGAAAAUGGUAGGCGUUGUGGUUGAGUGAGGCAAGCGCUGGACGAUGAGUGUGGGAUGGAAAGUGGAUUGAUUGAUCACGCAUCCGCCUUUUGUAGCGCACACGAGCAAAUCUUUCGGGCUUGAGCAAGCUGAUUUCGCAGCAAGACGCCUUCAAGCGAGACAGUAUACACGAGACAGGCUCAGGACAAGGACCCAUCGACCUUUUAGGAUCUCGACCUCCGCUCAAGACCGGAAGCAAUCCAUGAGCGCUACGCGUAUUCACAUCGCCGACUUCGCUCUUGGCAGACGAGCAAAGGUCCUAACUAGGGUGGGAAAGCACGCAUACAGCGCUUCAAGCUCCUUGUUGCGCCGUAUCCUGCACACAGCAUCCAAAUUCGGGUGGAAUGCGGCCAGGCCAUUGCUCUCAACCUACAGCAUCAUGCGUCGACACGCUUGCUGGUUUUGGCACUAUGACCGGCGCUGCUGCACAAGCUCCGGCACAGUAUCUCCCACGGCAAUACCACGCGCCUGCAUUUGAUCAAUGCGCAUGGCUCUGCCUCCGCUAUCCUUACGACUGUUCGGAUCAAACUUUGUUGGGAAAACAGCAGUCGCCCGAUGUUUCCCACGACUCACGACCGACUGCUCAACCCGAAGCGCGCUCAAUGCUUCAUCGAUCUGUCAAGCGACCAAUAUUUACAGCAUCGAUUUCUUCGUACAAUCAGUGUGCAAUGCUGCACCUGCCCAAUACAACAGCACAACAUCAUGCAAGCGCCGGCAACGGCUCAUUGUCCGGCAUACUCAGCGACGACACCCGACGUCGCGAGCCCCACGAACGCAGUGUCUUAAGAUCGCUGCGGGGCUCAAGUACGCUGAACGACCAACGGCUUUCCGUCGAUCGGGAGUAAACGCGCCAGCCACAGCUGUGCUUCGCCUCGAUCGAAGGUACUUGGGCCUUGCGCGCGGCAACCAUUCAAGAAAGUCAACGGAUGGUCGCCCGACUGCCCGAGAAACGAUGUUCACAUGCGUCGGAAGCAACGGCAUAACAGGUCUAGGCAAUUGAUGGCUAGACAAAGGCUGGCGUGAUGCACCCCUUUUGGAGAAGGUGGCCAUUUGCUGAGUGCUCACCGCUUUGAGCUUUACUGCGGCUGGUUGUUGGACAAACUUCGGUUGGAUGUUUCGCCCGGCCAGGUAGCUUGGUCAGUGCAGCCACUUAUGCUCAAUCGGGAAAUGCGCCCGUCGUCGACGCAUUGAUGGGCCUGGCUGUGUAUGAAUGGCAGGGUGGUACCAGCUAUUUCUCACGCCAAAGGAUCAAAGACUUGCGUUUCAGAACUCUUGCCUCCGUCAAUUUCGCUUCCACAUCUCGAUUUCCUCGGUUGCUACUGCCUCUUGACGAGUGCGGUCUUUCUUUGCUACAUUUCCAUCCGCUUGCUCCCGCG